UGAACCCCAGCUCUAGCCCGAUUACUGCUGAACAUUGGCCCGUCCAUGAUCCUGCAGAGAUCAGAAGUGAUAGACGAUGGAUGGAUGGAUGGAGGAAAGAUCUUCCUGGAUGGAUGGAGAGGAGCAGCUGUGCUCCAGGAGAUGUUGGUCUGCAGGAGGUUCUUCAGGAACAUAAAAUAAUUCUGAGGAUGAGAUGUGAAUGUGUGACUGAAGGAAGUGAUGAAACAGGAAGUAGAACCCUCCUCAACACGAUCUACACUGAUCUCUACAUCACAGAGGGACAGAGUGAAGAGGUUAACACCCAGCAUGAGGUGAAGCAGCUGGAGAGAGCUUCCAGGAUCCAGAAGCAUCAUGACUCUGCAAUUAGGUGCCAUGACAUCUUUAAAGCCUUCCCUGACCAAGAUGGAGUCAUCAGAGUGGUUCUGACCUGUGGUGUCGCUGGUGUUGGAAAAACCUUCUCAGUGCAGAAGUUCACUCUGGACUGGGCAGAGGGUUGGGAGAACCAAGAUAUUAGUGUGGUGCUUCUGCUUUCGUUCAGGGAGCUGAACUUGAUCAGAGAUGAGCAGCACAGUCUUCUCUCACUGCUCCAUGUUUUCCAUCCAACACUCCAGAAGAUCCCAGCAGAGCAGCUGGCUAAAUGCAAACUGCUCUUCAUCUUUGAUGGCCUGGAUGAAAGCAGACUUUCACUGGACUUCAACAACAGUCAGCUGGUUUCUGACGUCACACAGAAGUCAUCAGUCAACGUUCUGCUGACAAACCUCAUCAAGGGGAACCUGCUUCCCUCGGCUCUCAUCUGGAUAACUACCAGACCUGCAGCAGCCAAUCAGAUCCCUCCUUCAUGUGUUUCCAGGGUAACAGAAGUACGAGGCUUCACUGACACCCAGAAGGAGGAGUUCUUCAGCAGGAGGUUCAGUGAUAAAGAGCUGUCCAUCAGAAUCAUCUCCUACAUCAAAACCUGCAGGAGCCUCCACAUCAUGUGUGGAAUCCCAGUCUUCUGCUGGAUCACUGCUACGGUUCUGGAGAACAUGUUGACCUCAGAACACAGAGGAGAGCUGCCCAAAACCAUGACUGAUAUGUACUCACACUUCCUGCUGGUCCAGAAGAACAGGAAGAACAAGAAAUACCAUGGAGGACAUGAGACAAGUCCACAGGAGCUGAUGGAGGCUGACAGGGAAGUUCUUCUGAAGUUGGGGAGGCUGGCAUUUGAACAUCUGGAGAAAGGAAACAUCAUGUUCUACCAAGAAGACCUGGAGCAGUGUGGUCUGGAUGUCACAGAGGCCUUGGUGUACUCAGGAGUUUGUACAGAGAUCUUCAAAAGAGAGAGUGUGAUCUUUCAGAAAUCAGUCUACUGCUUUGUUCAUUUGAGCAUCCAGGAGUUUCUGGCUGCCGUCUACAUGUUCCACUGUUUCAUCACCAGGAAGUCAAAGGUGAUGAAGAGAUUUGUGGGAAAAGAAUACAGAGAAACAUCUCUGGAGGACUUCAUGGAGAAAGCCAUGAAGAAAUCCCUCAGCAGUGAAAAUGGUCACCUGGAUCUGUUUGUCCGCUUCCUUCAUGGUCUCACUGUCGAGUUCAACCAGAGACUCUUAGGAGGCCUGCUGGGUCAGACAGAGAACAGUCCAGAAACCAUCCAGAGAAUCAUCACCAAGCUGAAGGAGAUGAACAAUGAUGGAAUCUCUCCUAACAGAAGCAUCAACAUCUUCUACUGUCUGAUGGAGAUGAACGACCUCUCAUUUUAUCAGGAGAUUCAAAGCCUGCUGAAAUCAAGGAAGCAUCUCUCGGUGUCCAACUGCUCAGCUCUGUCCUUCAUGCUGCAGAUGUCACAGAAGGUUCUGGAUGAGUUGGACCUAGAGAAGUACAACACAUCAGCAGGUGGACGACGGAGACUGCUUCCAGCCAUAAGGAAUUGCAGAAAGGCUCGACUUGGUAGCUGCAUGCUUGAAGGGGCUGAAUGUGAAGUUGUGGCCUCAGCUCUGAAGUCCAACCCCGAUCUGACUGAACUGGAAAUAAGUUGGAUCACUGAAUUGGCUGACUCUCAUACGAAGCCUGUGUGUGAGAUCCUGGAGAGUUCAAUCACUAAAGUAAAGGACCUGAGAUUGUUCAGCUGCAGUUUGUCAAAGAUCAGCUGUGAUUAUCUGGCCUCAGCUCUGAAGUCCAACCGCCUCCAUCUGACAAAACUGAACCUGGGAUACAACGACCUGACAGAGUCAGAUGUUCAGCAGCUGAAGGAUCUUGUGGCAGACAUGGUGAUCUAUGCAAAAUAG